UUUUCCACUCUACAUUUCUCUCCCCAUUCUCAGUCACUCUCUGUUUCUCUCUGAUGCCUCCUUUCCGAAUUUCCUCUCUCUUCAUUCUCCUCCUCGCCACGGCGGCGACAGCGGCGGAAGGGAGAGAAAUUGGAGGAUUAGAGGAAUUGGAGGCGGAGGAAGCGCGGCGGAGAGAAGCCGAUAGAGUUACCGACUUGCCAGGGCAGCCACCGGUAAAUUUCCGCCACUACGCCGGCUACGUCAAACUCCGUCCAGAGCGAGAAGAAGAGGAAAAGGCAUUGUUCUAUUGGUUCUUCGAAGCCGAAAACCAAACCGACGUCGCUCGGAAACCCCUCGCUCUUUGGCUCAACGGAGGGCCAGGCUGCUCAUCCAUAGCCUAUGGAGCUGCACAAGAGCUGGGCCCCUUCCUUGUUCACAGCAAUGGCCAAUUAAAACUCAAUAAUUUCUCUUGGAACAAAGCUGCAAAUAUUAUAUUCUUGGAGGCACCGGUCGGAGUUGGAUUUUCCUAUACCAAUAAAUCAUCGGAUUUAUAUAAGCUCGGUGAUAAGGUCACAGCUGAAGAUUCUUACGCCUUUCUCAUCGGUUGGUUCAAAAGAUUCUCAAGUUUCAAAUUUCAUGAUUUUUAUUUAGCUGGAGAGAGUUACGCGGGUCACUAUGUUCCUCAGCUAGCUGAGCUCAUUCACGAGAGAAAUAAGAAUUCUUCGAAGGAUACGUUUAUUAAUCUCAAGGGUUUUAUGAUCGGGAAUGCUGCGAUCAACGACGAGACGGAUUCGAAGGGAAUGGUUGAGUAUGCGUGGAGCCAUGGGAUUAUUUCUGAUAAACUUUACCAUAGUAUAGUUAAUGACUGCCAGUUUGCACCUGAAUCCAACUCUGAGUCCGUUAACCAAACAGCAACAGGCCACUGUGAUGAUCAUCUCAGAGCCUUCUUGUUGGCUUACUCUGAUAUUGAUAUUUAUAGCAUUUAUGCUCCUAUUUGCCUCUCUCCUUCUUCUUCUUCUAAGUCGACUUUCUCGAGCUUCGUCGGUGUUGCUCCUCGAAUCUUUUCGAAACACGAAUUGUGGCAUAAACUUCCAUCGGGUUACGAUCCAUGUACCGAAGGUUAUGCAAAAAAGUUCUUCAAUAGAGACGAUGUUCAAAGGGCUCUUCAUGCUAACGUUACAGCACUAUCGUAUCCGUAUACUCCCUGCAGUGGUGUGAUUAGGCAAUGGACGGAUUCAACUGACUCGGUGUUGCCUAUCAUUCACAAGCUCCUCAAUGUCGGAUUGCGUAUUUGGGUUUACAGCGGAGAUACGGAUGGACGGGUUCCAAUAACGUCGACGAGGUACAGCAUAAACAAGAUGGGGUUGGAAAUAGAAGAAGAGUGGAGGGCAUGGUACCACAAGAAUCAAGUGGCUGGUUGGGUUGAGACCUACAGGGGAGGGCUCACCUUGGCUAGUGUGAGAGGGGCAGGCCAUCAAGUCCCUGUUUUUGCUCCUCAACAAUCCCUCUCCCUUUUCUCUCAUUUCCUUUCCACCAACACUUUGCCCACCACUCGUUCGUAAAUUGUUGGAGGGUGAGUCUGUUCGAUAACUAUUUUAUUUUUAAAUAAGACAAUGGUUACCUACGUUUUAAAA